CAAAUAAGAAACAAAAUUCUCUCAACAAUCACAAAUGGAUUACCUAAAAACCAACUUCGCUACACAGCCUGAAGAAGCCAUAAAGUAUCCAGACAGCGUCCAACCCUUGCAUUACCAGCCCAUCUUCGAUCAGGAAGUCAAUAGCUCAUCAGGCGAGCUCAUCCACCCUGGAUAUCUGCCCUUCUUUUAUGACUAUAGAGCGGUUGAUAGAGGCCUGUGUGAGGCUAGGGAAGCCUGUGAUUGGGAGUGGGGGGAGUGGGAGAGCCAUAUUGUGGUGAAGGAGGAAAGUGAGGAGCAAGGGAGGGCUUUUGUAGAAGGCACCCAAUCUCCUGCAGGCAGUCGCAAAGAGCGGACAGCGUUCACGAAGGCUCAGAUUCGAAGCUUGGAAGCGGAGUUCACGCGAGCGAACUAUCUGACACGACUGCGUCGGUAUGAGAUAGCUGUGGCGUUGCAUUUAACUGAGAGACAGGUUAAAGUAUGGUUUCAGAACAGAAGAAUGAAGUGGAAGCGGACUAAGGGCGCGAGCAAACAUCAGAAGAAAAAGGACGCCAAUAGUAAUAAUUAGUUUGAAUUUUUAAGUAUUGUAGUUAUUUUUUUAUGUCAUAGAAAAUUUAUUUUAAGUCAUUUUAACUGUUUUA